CAGCAGUGUUUACAAAACAUGCUGUACGCAGGAUCCGCUCCAGAACGAACGGGUAGGUUUGGUGGCAGAAGCGGCCUGUGCGUGCGUGUGUGUGUGUGUAUUAUUUUCGGCCAGCCCGAAAGCAGCCGAUCAGUGACGGCGAAAAAGCGCAGAACAGCGCGCUGGGUGCGUGUGUACACACAGCAGUAACAGCAGCAGCAGUAGUAGUAGGCCGUGUAGUAAGGUUGGUGGUGUGGUGGCGGGUUGUUGAUAACAACGCAGUUCUGUUUUACAGUGCGGGCAGAGAGUGUAAACCAACCACUGCUUCCUUUUGCCAACGGAUGAAGGAGUAGCUGCAACAAAUUGGUGACUGCUGGCAGGAUGUAAGUUUGUGCUGCCAAUGUUUUGCUCUACCCUGUGUGCCAAAAGUGCAUUUCGUGCUGAUUCACGACGCUGCGUGACACGGCCGUCGCGUAUCUCUCGGGCGCGAUUGCAAUCGCAACCGCCCAAGAUAAUACCCUCGAUCCCAAGCGCAAAGUUGCAGUUUCAUUGGCUCGUAAAUCGAUAAGAAAUUGGGCUUGCACAUUCGCCUUUUUCACCGGAUUGGAUUGGAAUUACUGCUUGUGUUUGCUCCCCCCCCCCGCAAGGAUGUAAUAAAAUCGAACACUUUGCCAAGUGACUGUGUGUGUGUGGGUGUGUGUAUUAGGUGGGUGGGAAAAAAGAGGUGUCGCACGGAAAAGAAACCGAAGAAGCAUCCGAAGAGGCGCAAAAAGGAUACCAGUGUGUGACGCGUAGUGUGUAGUGUGCGCGCGCGGCACAGGCGCAACAGAAGCGCGAGGCGACGAGGCGCGGACGAGAGAGAGAACGCGCGUGUGUGUGUGUGUAUGUCCCGGUCCCGGUCGUGCAUUGGGUUCGGCCCUUCUGCUGCUCCCUGUGUGUGGUGCGCCUCUACCGUGGCGACCAGCAGAGCACCAGUGAUGUCCCAUACCACCAGCCAGCAAGUCCACAAACCACACCGCCGCUGCUGCCCUAGCCACUCUGUGUGACUGUGUGUGUGUGUGUGUGUGUGUGUGUGUGUGUUUAAUUUUGUAGUGUUACUAGUGUGAAAAUACACAGAAAAAAUUAAUAUAAUAUCAGGAAGGACCGAAGAAAUACAGCCAAGUGUGUUAAGCUUAACUAAGCAGUGAACUGAAUUAGAAGAAACAAAACGUGAAAAGAUCUUAUCAAAAAUCUGCCUCAGCAAAAAUCAAUUGUGAAAAAAAGCUCCUCCUUUUUGUCCCGUACACACCUCAAAGCUGCGUAGUAAGUGUUCUGCUACUUUAGCUUGAUGCGAUGAACUUUUCACCGUUCGGGACACACUUUCCCGGUACGAUACCGGGAAUUCAUCAGUUUGCCAGCUCGGGACUGGUCACGAGCGUACCGACGACUUCGCACGACUCCAGCAACCGCUACCAUUCCAUCAACUCGAACGUCAACAUGGCCCACUUCAACCAGAGCCAUGCCCCCAUUCUGGGCAAGUUCCACCGGGACAGCCAGGAGUCGGGCGGAAACGGGGGGGCGGGCGGGGGAAGCGCCAGCUCGAACAAGUACAACGGGCACGGGGCCGGAUCGGGCAACGCGUCCAUCCCGACCACUACCGCGACGAGCGGCCAGUACUCGAACCCCUACAGCCAGCAUGCGCACGUGCCGGAGCACAAGCAGCGCGGCAGCAACAUGUACCAUCAGUCGGCGGUCGGCAACAGUUCGGCCGGGGGCGGUGGCGGCAGCAGCAGCAGCAACGGUGCCGCCCAGAGCGCGCAGGAGCUGAGCCAGGACAUUAGUGCGCUGCUGCAGCAGGCCGACAGCAAGCGUGUGCUGCAGAACCCGAGCUGGCAGUCGCUGACACCGGGCGCCUCCGUAGCGGACUAUCUGUCCCAUCUGCCCGGCAGUGCGCUGCCCCUGUCGCUGCACCACUUCCUCAAGUACUCGGCGGAGAACAUCAAGAAGGAGGCCCAGAACCCACUCACCAGCCUGGACAUGUCGCAGGCCCAGUCGCAGGCCCACGGAGGCGGUGGCCACGGUAGCAACAACGGUGCGGGCAUGGUGCUGCCCGCCUCGCAAACCAUUGCCAGCAUUCUGGGCCACCCGGGGCAGCAGGGACCAGGGCAGCACGGUCAGCCGCAGCAGCAGCAGCAGGGCGCCGGGCUCGGUGGCGGUCAUCCGUCCGGGGUGCAGGCGGCGGCCGCUACCUCGUCGACCGGUGCGGCAGGAGCUGCGGCCGCUGACGCGUCGGGCGACAAGAAGAAGCGCAAGAAGAAGAAGAAACCGCCGAAGGAGCGCAAACCGCGCCCGAAGCCGGGCGAAAUCCAGGUGCGGACGGCGCUGGACGGCAGCUUGCUGUUUCUCUGCCCGGAGUGCCAGAUGGCGUACCCGGAGCGGGAACUGCUCGAGCAGCACCUGAUCGGGCACAAUCUGGAGCGCCGCUUCAUCUGCGACAUCUGCAACGCGGCGCUGAAGCGGAAGGACCACCUGACCCGCCACAAGCAGAGCCACAACCCGGAGCGCCCGUUCGCCUGCACGAUCUGCCUGAAGGCGUUCAAGCGCAAGGAGCAGCUGACGCUCCACUUUGUCAUACACUCCGGCGAGAAGCGGCACGUGUGCCAGGAGUGUGGCAAGGGCUUCUACCGGAAGGAUCACCUCCGAAAGCACACCCGAUCGCACAUUGCCCGCCGGCUGAAGGCGGAACUGAGCCAGCAGGGUGGUAACGGUACCGACGCUGGCGCCUCCCCUAGUACCUCCCGUGCUGGCCAGGCACAAAUCGCGACUGCCGCCCAGCAGCAGCAGCAGCAGCAGCAGCAAUCGGCACAACAGCAAUCCCCCAUGCAGCAGCAGCUACAACCGCCCCAGUAUCACUCGCUCACCCAAGCGCCGGGCCAGUCGCAGAUGAUGUCGUAAGAGAGUAGGGGGAAGCAGCAGCAGCAGCAGCAGCAGCAACAACAGCCACAACAAAUCGCAAUUCAUUGUAGACUAGGGAGAAUUAUUAUCUAAAAAAAACACUACCACGUGCGCGGCUCUUCUGAUAAAGCAACGUUGCAUCAAAAAAGAGGGAACGCUCGGGGCCGGGCCACACACUACACCACGGGGGCGGGGCCGGCCCCACCACAUAUUAAGACUAAACAAACAAACAAAAAAUCAUUAAGCUAAUACAUACAUUAUCUUCCGGUAGUAGAAGAAGGCACAUUUGUCUUUUUUUUUGUUUGUCGUCACAAAAAGGGAAAACAAUUUAGGAGCGACACGCAGGAUAGCAGAGGGAUGGUUUUGUGCAAUCGCGUGAAUGGUGAAAUGAACUUUGUUUGUUUGAAAUGAAUUAGGCUUUAGGCGGUCCAGGCAGGUCCAGUGGUAGGACCGGAAAAGGCCGUUCGUGAGAUUCGUUCCCGCGGACUUUGAGUGUCACCCUGUCGUGCGGGUACUAGUUGACGAAUUUCACUAUUACGCGCAAGGGGAGGGCCCAUCAUAACGCAUGUCUAAGAAAGCCUGUAAAAGGCUGGCAUUAUUUAGGUCGGUUUAUUCUACGCCAAGAACAAGAAGAACAAGCAACUGUUUAGCAAUAAGAGAGUGAAAAAAAUAUAAAAAACGCGAUACAAAAAAAAAAUAACGAAAUUCCAGCCCAUUCAACCAUUUCAUCCACACAACAUGUCCCAGACUGUCGACUGUAAUCGCGGUGUAAAAUAAGUCUCUGAACAGUUCUACACCGCACCCCACCCGUGUAAAAAGCCUUAGCUGUUAACAGGAAAAAAAGGGAUUUUCUCCAUUUUCUCAAACACUCAAUCACAAACACACAGCACAUACUAAUGGGGAAACAAACCCUCGCUCAGGUUGAACGCAGAUAUGAGGCGGUAGUAGGGAAACUAUUUUAAACGGGAAAGAAAAGAAUCAUAAAUAGACAAUUGACUGCAAAUACGCGCGCACUUUCAGGCUGAUAAUGAUCCUUUUUUCAGUACGGCUGCGGUGAGUGUGUAACAAUGGUAGUGAAAUAGUGAAUUAACAACACCCUUAAGGUCUGAGGGAAUAACACACAACCGCGAGAUCGUUUAGCGAUACGCACUGCCGCCCAUGCAGCUACAGCUAGUCGGUUUUACUCUCUUCUAGUCCCAAUUUUGUUUGGUGUUUUUUUUGGCGGGCAAAAAACUAACUUAAAUUUCGUAACUAAUCCCGGAGCGGAAACGGAAAAUCGAACAAUUCUUCUAGACUUAACACGUGUGCGCGUGGGAGAGAGCACGUGCGCGCGCACGCACGCACGCCAACAGCAGCCAUGCAACGAAGAGGCCUUUCGCGGUGGUAGGAGGGCGAAGAAGGGGAAAGGCCUGUGUCUAGCUGGUAAGGAUUGAAGUGGAAAGUUGCAGUUGAGGCAGUAGCAAUGUGUGCGGGGAAAGACGAAUCUAGUUGUGACACAUCGUCGAUCCCGCGCGGUCCUAUAGAUUUAACUAAAUCAAUACACUAUUUAACGCGUAAAUGAGAAUAAUAAUAAUAAAACACAGUACUAACACGAAACAAA